UUUCAUCGACAUCUCGAAUCCCACAGCAACAUAUCUAGAUAUCUAGACGCCAGAAGUCACAGAACAGACACAGCCGCAGACGCAGCGGCGCCAUACUCCGACUUGAACCAUCCUCCAACCCCCUCUACUUCCUUUGAUCUCACAAUUCACACACCGGCCGCACCACAUCCCAUCUGUUCCCACAGUCAAACAUGUCUUCCCCUCCGACACCACCAACACCUUCAUCGCCGCCCUCCUAUACUCACUUAAACACCCCGCCGAAAGCCUAUCCACAACCUCCCACCUUCCAUCCGCGUAGGAGUGCCGCCGCGAUCAUCCCUAUCCAUUCGGCCGAUGACAGUGACGGCACAUCAACACCUUCCACGUCGUCAUUAUCACCGCCAUCCGAGCUCGACGACGAAGAAAGUGUACAUUCCCAGGACAGUUGCGACCAACCCUGUCAUCCAGCGCACGCUCUUCCGCUGCAUAUGAGGUCAAAUACCCUCUCCAGGGUUCCUUCCAAUGCGUCGUCCUUGGCGGAAGAGGGUGAGGCCACACCGUUGCUCUCGUCUGGGGAAGAUGACGGGUAUCGUGGCAAAUGGUACAAGGGACCGUUAUUUGUUGCAGCUUUCAAAUUAGGAAUACUGUUUGCGGUAUUCACGGCGAUUGUCGGUAUCACCUUUUAUUGGGGCAUGCCCAAGUUGGAUGACGAGGAUAAGGGAAUAAUCAAGUUGCCGAAGUCUUUUGCCGAUCUCCAAGCAUUGAACGCUCUGUUCCAAAAAUACAAACACCGGUACCCGUUAAAACUGCUGGCGUGUGGUGUUGUCUCUUACCUCUUUGUUCAAACAUUCUCUCUCCCCGGAUCCAUGUACAUCUCCAUCCUUUUCGGAGCUGCUUACGGAAUCAUGUAUGGCCUGCUUCUGUCCUGUAUCUGCGAAUCCAUCGGUUCGUUAUUCUGCUACAGCCUUUCAGCCGUCCUCGCCCCUCCGCUACUCACACUUCCUUUUUACCGAGCCCGAGUUGAGACGUGGCGUACCAAGAUCAUGGGUGACCCUAAAAAGGGUAAGAAAGUUACUUGGGACAGCAUCUUUGCCAUCCUCCUUGUACUCCGUAUCGCCCCUUUCCCUCCCCAUUGGAUCGCCAACUUUGUGGCUCCUCACUUGGGUAUCGGCAUGUUUUUGUUCUGGUCAAGCUGCUUCAUUGGUAUCGCUCCUGUGUCAGUCAUCCACGUCACUAUCGGCUCUAGUCUCGACGACAUGACUUCCGCCGCAGACUUCCACAUUCUUUCUUUACGAAACAUCCUCGGUCUUUCUGCAGUCAUUAUCGCUGUUCUCAUCCCUAUCGGUCUCAAGCGCAUCUUCAAGAAAGACCUUGGAGAUCUUGGGGAAGCUGAAGAAGCACUUGCUUCUACCAGGGGCGGCGAUCGCGAGGUCAACGUACCAGCUGUUGGUCAAAACCAUGGAAGGAUGUACCAUGCCAUCGACAGUGGUGUUGUCCUCGCAACACCGAGCAAAGGAAAUGGUAUGGAUAUGCGCCGAAAGCUGGUCAAAAGCCAAGGAAGGGUUUUGGAAAUUAUCCCUGAUCACGAGAGUGAUGCAGAGGACCGUGAGCAUGUCGAGCUUGACGACCACAGCCCGUCACCUCUUCCUCGUCAAUUAAUCAGCUUUGAUAACAUUGAAGAACCUCUAAUGGACGAUAAUGCCCCAGGUCCUUCCAGUCGCUCAUCUUUGCAAUCCACUUCGCACAAGGACGAUUACAUCGUGUUUGACCCUGCGAACCAUUUCCACAAGAUCCAAGUGAAGCCCUAUAGACCGAACACGCAAAAGGGCUAUGGCACAAUUGAACAGCCUGCGCCUGUGAUGGAUGAUAGUGAAAGGACGACGACUGCUGUUGGAAUGGGUUGGUGGCCGUGGGCUAGGGACGGGGUCGCGUGAUUGUCGAUUGCUUUUUUAUUUCGUCUCAUCACAUUGUUGGUAAAAUCUUGUAUUUGUAUCUAAUUCUGGCAAGUGUAUCAGUCAGCUGUACCACCUAUCUUUCCAACACUCAUCACUUUCAAACGUUUAUAUAUAAAUUUUGUUAUUUUUGAGGGCAUACAGUCAUGGCAUACAAUUCAAAUGUAUAUAAUGCACUUCAUACGGUA